AUGGCUUCCACCGAUCACUUGGGCAAUGGCUACUCGCACCUGCCGGAAAGCACGGCUUGGCUCCUCGGUCUGUUCGUUUGCAAGAGCGUCUCAUACCUGCAAGGAGUUUCCGUUUGUGCAUCCGUCAACACUCUGAUGGCCAUUUCAAUUGACAGGUACUAUGCCAUCUGUUACCCCAUGAAGCGACAGAUUAGCCUGCGCACGUGCCGCGUCGUCAUCGCCGUCAUCUGGGCAUUCAGCCUGACCAUUACGUUGCCGUGGACCUUCUUCUUCCGGCUCAUGCCCAUGCUGAGCGAGAGCGAGACCACGCUGCAGGUGUGCCGCGAGGACUGGCCCACCGAGGGAAUGGGCGUGCUGUACUUCAUCGUCGCCAACCUGGUGCUCUGCUACCUGCUACCGCUCUGCGUCAUCACGCUGUGCUACGUGUUCAUCUGGCUCAAGGUGUGGCGGCGCCGUCCCCCGGGCGAGGCGCACGACUUCGGCGUCGAGAACAUCAUACAGCGCUCGAAAAUCAAGGUGGCCAAAAUGCUGCUCGUCGUGGUAGUGGUGUUCGCCAUCUCGUGGCUACCCCUGUACGCCAUCUUCGCGCGGCUCAAGAUGGGCGAGCCGCUAGCCGACGGCAGCCUCGAGCAGUCGCUGAUCGAGGUGGCCGCGCCGGUAGCUCAGUGGCUAGGCGCCUCCAACAGCUGCAUCAACCCCAUCCUGUACGCCUUCUUCAACAGCAAGUUCCGCAUGGGCUUCAAGGCCAUCCUUUUCCGGCGCAAAUGCUGCUGCUGCUGCUGGUGCUGCGACGGCGCCAAUGGUGGCCGUCGUCGCUCGGCGGCCAGCGUUGUGCGCCACGAGCUGUCCUGCAACCGGCCUUCGAGUGUGAGGACUUCCCUGGCCGUGGCACGCAGGAAGGAUUCGGGCCUCUCGCAUGUGUUCUGACUCUCGAUGCAGAGAAAUGCCGCAAAGAUGUAGCUGCAAGGUCAAGCACAAAAUAUUUGUGUUGCGUCGUAGUAUGAUAUGUACACACACAACGACGCACACACAAAUUCAGUUCAUUGAGCUUCCAUCUUUGCACAGCAGCUGCGUCUCAUUGAGUUGUUUAGGAAGGUUUUGUGACACCAGCUUCUUGCUUCUUACAGCGUCUUAUUCGGCGGCGUUGUUGUGCCAAGGAAGGGGAAGAGUAAGACGCCGUUUGAAAAGGUCUCGGUUCCUCCUGUCGUCGUAUAGUCACACGCGAAUAUACCACCAAUUUUUUUUCGAACAGAUUUAAAAACAUUAACAUGGCAGUUAUUUUUUCACCUUUUCAUCUGGAUUUUAGAAUAUGCGAAAAUCGCCUUCACGGGAAUGUCUGGUAGCUGAUUCAAGAGAUUCACUGAGUAACUUUCCACUUAUUUGUUUUAGGGCACAUAUUGCUAACGCGAAAUUGAAGCCUAAUAGUAGUGCAGUAAUUUCUCCUUAAACGGACUGCCUACUGUUAUUCAUGGACGCUCUGUUUUAUAGCGCAAUAGAAAGCCUAUGAUCGGAAGCGUUUAAACUUGCAGUGGUUUCUCUGGAAAGCGUGUAGAAAGUGUCAAACCAGAAUUUUUUAACCUGCGUAGUCUCUUCUUGAAACCGUGUACAGACGCCGACAACAAUGACUACUAGAAUCGAUGGCAAUCUCACAGGCCAUGCAUCAAUGCACCUCUGAGUUCACCGUAACCCAGUUCGUUUGCAUAAGGCGGCGUCACUUUUCAACGCGCGCUGGCUGGAAAAAAGAAAUAAAUUACUCUCUCACUCAAAGUAAAGCUAGCAGAAUCGCAUGUAAUACAAUUCAUACAAAAUAUCGUAUCGAAAGGAAAUGAUUUUCCCUGCGCGGCUUUUUGGUUACGUGGCAAUACACCUAUUGGUUGCGUUGUUUCACCCUUGAGCAACACCACAUGUCAUUCCUACUCCGCUUUCAGAGGCAAGUUAGAAAUAUAAUUACUUGUUUAUGGGAUGCAAACAUGCUCAUUUUUGUCAGUAUGAGACACAAUGUUCUCAUUCUCACCACAAUCCAAAGACAUCUUCCAAUUGGUAGACAGUCCCUUUAACAAAAAUCCCAAGACUAGGAACACAUUCAACAUAUCUGUCCGUAAAACCUGCUAAAAUGAUUUGCCGUUCUAGUUAGGAUUGUUUCGAACUGCUGGGGCAGUCUUUUGGAAAUCUUUUGCGCGUAUGUCUUAGUAAAUUUUAUUCGCUAAUAUAUGGAAACUGCUGCUACCCUUAAGAUUUCUGUUUAGCAGGCGUGACUUCACUACUGUGUGGCUUCAAUAUCGCAAUUUAAACUAGAACUUUUUAAUUAGCCAUGGUGCAAUUAAAUGAUUGUGAUCUUUAUGCAUUGCAAGUUGUUGUGCGAAAAUGUGGACCUCUUCAUGUAAUCUCCUGAAUAAGCCCAAUUGAACUAUAUGUUCCUCACCAUUUUUAAAAAAACCUGUCCGAACUAAAAUAUAUAUAUAUAAGAAAACCCACCCGAUAUAGCAAGAAAACUCACGUGUUUGCUUAUGACCAUGAAAACAAUUUUACAGAAAAAUUUGCUUGGCAUGAGCAGUUUUGGAUUUUCUAACCUGUAAUCUGCAGUACGAGAACGUGAACUAUCAAAGAAAUCGUUCUGUAUUUCAUCGCUUAGCCUUCAGGAGACAAAAUUUAUAAUCAAUAGAGAUCUCAUACGCUUUAUUAUUUUAACAGUUAAGAGAGAGAGAGAGAUAGCGAUAGCAAAGAGAGGAAAGGCAGGGAGGUCAACCAGAUGAGCGUCUGGUUUGCUACCCUACACUGGGGGAAGAGAAAGGCGAAACAGAAAGAGGAAAGCGGGAUAGUCAGCCAUUGAUAUUGUUUUUAAGAAAGAGACCUGUAACGCUUACGUUAAAGUUCAAGCUGCUCAUAUAAGUUUUGGUAUGAAGCCGUGUUUCAAUAGCCGAAUUCAACACCUGCUCGGAAAUCUGAACGAAUAAAAUAUUGAAAGUAGCAGGUACAAUCAGCGAAUGUUUUUGAACGUGUAGCAUUGCAAGCGGAGUUACUUUCUUCUUACACGUCUCUUGGAAGUAGGAAUUUGGAAGCAAGUGUCGCUACAAAAAAAAAAAGGAGCUAGCGUUGCAAAGAGUCCUGUACAGUCCAACAUUAUGGUCCCAUUAGAACUAGAAAAUAUACUAAUUCACUGACAUGGGCGACUUUAAUGUUACCUUGAUGCUCACUCAGGCAAAGCAAAGUGCCAUAUAGAAACUAUAGUAACGACUAUAGGGGAUACAAGACAAGAUGCACUUGAUGUUAUUAUUGGUAUUUAGAAAAAAGGUGAUUAUUCUCGAUUCUUUGUCAUAAGAAAACAUCUAAAAUGGCCCUCACGAAAGCCGCUUGGACAGUAGCGCCAUGGCGCCUUGUCAUUUUUCUGAUUCGUGCUACUAGACGCCGGAAAAUAAGCAACCACAUGUCGAACGCGACAGACGCAGCCGAUAAAAGUGAGCACUGGAAGCGCGAUACGGUCCUUUUUUUCGACUUACACAAACUCAGAUGGAAUAAUCCUUGUGCUGAAUUUCCAAACUGUUCGUUUGUUGUCCUUUUUGUUUGCCCAUGCAACUGCUGUUUGGAGUAUAGGGACGUUGAGGGAGCAGGGCAAAGUGGACUUUGUUAGCCGACCACAGUCUCCGUCCAGUGCUCUCAACUGCGAAUGUCACAAAACGCUGUUGUGGCAGCCUACGAAUGACACUAAUGCGGAGUAAUGCUCCAAUUGACUUUAAAUUCUACUACGUAACAGCGGCAUAGGAAACAUUAUUUUCGUAUUGGCCAGUGACCAAGAUGUCGCGCAUUUGGUGGAUGUGUCGUGGUGCUGAAUGGUGAGAAAAGAAGGGGGGCCACAAACAAGCAAUGUUGUAUUCUCCCCGAAAAGGCCGGCGAAAGCUAAACAGAAAGAAGGUGGUUCGGAUGGCUAAACAGUAACAGCACCAAAGCCGAAUGACAGAGGCAGGAGCAGAGCUCGUGCUCGGGGCUCCUCUCGUCACCGUUACGGCUCGUCGUUUAGCAGUGAACAGUUUCACAGGGCAUAGCAGCAGACGAAAAUGGGCACCACGGUGAACUUGCAGGAAGUAACAAUAAUGUUGUAACAACACCAACAAGAAGUACCGAGCGUGGUACAUUCUUAGUCUAUUGGUAACUUCUGCUUUGUUAGGGAGGACCAUUUCUGUAUGACUGCUUCAGCGUUACUCUCCGACUACCUGCUGGCAUGACGUGAGCUGCAGGUGAACACAACUCCUUCAUCUGUGGUCUGUCGGUAAGAUAUUGUGUCUGAUGUUCCUGUCCCUCGUAGUAGCCUUGAUGGAACUAGUGUGAUGAAAAGUAAGACUAGUAAGGCUUAUUAGCAUCACGUUUCGGCUAUGCGAAACCAGUGAACUUCACACGGAAUUCUUCCAGAUUUCGUAGAAUGACAAACACUAUCGUCCAUAUUUUUUUGAGGUCUCUAUAUAGCAUUAGCCACAGGUAAACAAAGUUCAUGUGACAGACUAGAGCUUUGACAGCACUAUUUCAUUAUCCUUCUUAUUCUCUUCUUUUUUUGCCGCUCACUUUAAUCCAGUUAACUCCCUCCGAAGAUUCUGCAUUAGCCUUUCUUCCAGGUGUAAUUAAAAAACAAAGCUGACGCCACAAUGAUUGAUAUUUGCUGACAGUAAGGACUCGUUGCGAAUUUCCUUCUGACAUCUUCCUUUUUCCAUGUCAGGGUGCUUCCUGCUAUCUUUAAUCGCGUGCGAACCAACAUGCGCCUGACAAGUACAAGCAUUAGCUCUACAGGUAUACUAUAGAUUUCUUGCGCAAAGACAUGGCAGCAAUGAAUAAAUGUAUCUGUUGCCUAACAUUUGCAAAGCAGUUCUCGUCAGUCGGCCCAAUUUUUGCUGUGUUAGUAGUAAGCUCAAUGGCAGGCAGUUGGCGCAAGCUUUGCGAACGCUUGCACAAGUACAUGUGCGACAGCUUCCACUCGGGAGUAUUCAAAUGACGUCACGUACACCAUUUGGUAGGCCUCUUCAUAGCUUCCACUGUGCUGCUGGAGACAAGCGAAUUUAGAUAACACGCAGACUUUCCCCGCGCUCGCUGUGCUACAAUAUGUCGACCUUGAUGACGUCAGUGCAUACCCCGUAUAGAGGCAGCUAUCUGUGAAUUCGUCCCAAAACAUAGUUACUGGUGCCUAUAUUUGCUUUAACGUUUUUUCUUUCCUGACAACUUCAGGAAAGACUAAUAGAGCAGACCAAAUGUUCUUCAAAAGAAGUCGUGAUGCUCGAGUAAUAAUCUUUCAGAAUAAGUCGAAUAGGACAACAAAAGAGAAAAUAGUUUUCAUUUCAACCUGAUUCAUACAUUUAAUCAAACCCACUUUUUUUAUUGUGGACCUUUUUUAUAUACCUGUAUAUGGCAGAGUUAUUACCAAUGGGAUGGAGGUCCUCCUAAAUUGCCUUCGGUCUUAUUAUGCCACUAAGACCACAGGUAUGAUGUUACGCCAACUUGUAGGCUCAGCAUGCCUUGAUUAAGGUAUCGUUGACAGAAACGAUUUUUAACUAUCAAUAAGAAGCUAGUUCAUAGGCUACUCGUAAAUAGUUCUAGAGUACUACAAACAGUAAAAGCCGGAGAAAAGCAAAUACUUUCAGGAUAAAAAAUGCGUCCUUAUACAAAUAAGGACAUCCUGUUUCUAGCUAAAACAUUUAGGCGAUGACCUUUUUAUGAAGGAGAACCGAACGAAUUAUGAAUUAAGCAGAAGACAAGCAAUUAUUUAACGACAAAUUGAAAAAAAAAUUUGCCGAAGAUUACGAUGCUUUCUAUUAUACGAAUUCGAGCGCAGCUGUUUAGGUGUUUUGAAUUUACGAUAUAUUAUGGCAAAGAAUUUGAUUCUAAAGAACAAGGUUCUCUCAGCGGUGGCGCUGAGCCUCUGCUCGGGCAACUCGUUUAGCAGCAGUGGCAGUCGAAGUAUUGCCACCGGUUGCGUCACUCAUUGUACAGAAAGAAAGCGGGAACACAGAAACGCGUCGCUCGCGCGGAGCGCAUUCUCUAGUGGCUCCGGCGUCGCAAGGCGAAGUAGCGCAUGCGCAGCGGGUCCGAAGCCCACGCCAGCGCUUUUGUUUUCGCGCUGGCCGCCUGUCUAGUUAUUCCAGCACUCCGCUUUCCUCCUCUCCCUUUUCGCCAUACCCUCCUGCGCUUUCCGCCUCCUGGGUGCGUUGCACCCUCCUCUCCGCUUUCCUCCUCGCUUCUUUCGUCCUCCCGCUGCACUCCGCGUUCGCUUUCAUUUUUCGCUGUGCUCGUUCGCUUAAUUACGCCGACGCUCGCCGCAGAAACGGGCGCCUAAGAGCUGCGCUGUAAAAAAAAAAGAAGAAAAAAAAACAGAAAACAAUCGCGAAGGUGCAGACUGCUCGCUGGAAGUGAAUGUCUAGUGUAACUCCGCAGUCUAUUCAUGUAAUAACGCACUAAUAUAAAGGCAGGACAGUCGUAGUAUUUGUUUCAGUAUCUCACACAAGCACUAGUAAAAACGCGCCGCAAGAACGAAUUGAAUAAAUAAAUACCCAACAAAGGAACAUCUCCAAGUAAUAUUUCGCUCAUUGAAAAAUACUUACGAAUGCGUAAAGGUGGUGUUUUUCAGACUAACAGCCAGUAGACAGAAGUCGCAGCAAAUGUAAAGCUAUUUUGUUGUAUAUUUCAAGUACCCUAGCUUCAGCCGCCUAAAAAGCAGACGUACUACGCCCUUUGAAUGCUAUUGGAAAAGCCUUAUGCGUAAGAAAGAGUGAAUGCCAUGUUUGAAGAGCACAAUCCAUUUAGAAAGCCCAUCUGCAAAGUUGAUGAUAGUCCAAGCGAAAGUUUCAUUUCUGUAAUAAUUCAUGCCCAACACGACAGUGCUAAAUAGACGAAGAUAGACAUUAAGAGCUCUAAAUUUUACCAGGCGUCAAAUUUGCAGACUAUAUAAAUUAGUUGCUGCUUGCAAACGUUUGUCUAAGAAGGAUGGGAACUUUGACGAAGACGUGAUAUGUAUGCGUCGUAUGUGUGUUGCAUCAAACUCAUCGCAGCUCUUGUUCGAGCUCAGACACGCACACAAAAAAAGAAAGAAAACAACGACAAUGAGAACGAAGACAGACACAACAGUACCUUUGGGCAGGAUGGUGUCCUCAGUCAUGAUUAAAGUUUCUGAUGACAUGCAUGAAAAAACAAAGCACUACAUCACACUGAAAAAGUUAUAUAUAUCUAGUGAUGACCAGAAAAUGAAGGCCAGCAGCACAAUAAAGGAACCUUCAUUAAGCUCCAGAGAAAUAAUUUAAGUGAAUGUAUAUUAACUUGCAUAUAGGCAAAGCUUGGCAGCAUUGUCGGCGCGGGUGACAAAAUUAUAUUUCUUAAUUCGGGUCGCCCUCGGUGCAUAUACUGUCUGCGCAUGCAAAUGCCCGCAUGCCGUCAUUUUUUAUGCGACAGAACUGCAGCGUUACAAGUCUGGGAGUUUGAGGUACUGUGGUACUGCAGAUUGCUUCAAAUUAUUCUUGCCUAAGAUAUUUAACAUAAAAAGCUCGUUGAUAUUUUCUAAUUAGAGCUGCCCAUAAAUCGGUUGAUAGGAAUCUGUAUAGGUGGAAAGGCUGCUUUUAUUUCUUCGGUAAAGAGCGUCGGGACAUAUCAUAGGGCGAAAUUGUUGUGCAGCACCAUAUUGUUCAUUUAGAUAUCAGUUCUUUUCGAUAUGAAAUCGAGUUGGAAGGCAUAGGUUAUAUAUACAUAUCUUUUAUCAACUUAUUAUGCUCACACGCACUUGUAGUUUCGACAGCAGUAGGGCAAAACGCUGCGACACUAAAAUUUGUGUUUCAUGUGUUUCAUUUGUCCACUAUCGUGGACAAAUGAAACUUGUACGAAACAGUUCAAUCACACGCAGAACAAAAAAAAAACAAUUUUGUUGAUGGUUGCAUAUAAUAAAAUAUUUGUGUUCCCCUAUCAAAGGAACUGAAGGACACGUUAAUGAUAUGAUCACCUUUACGAGCACUUCAAGCACGAUCUUCUGCUUUCACUGUUGCAAAUCGAACUUUUUCAUUCCGGCUCCAUUUCACCAGAAAGGUGCAAGAAACGUGCAAGGCAGGGAAGAAUUUCAGUAUGCGUUACACAUGUAACGAAGUGUCCCAAAGAACGCGAGGGAAACGGAACAAAGAAAGAAGAUGACAAAGUUCGGCAGUCAACUUGGAAGAGGAUGUGUUCGAAGACCGGACCGGGCAUUGCAUUUACAUAAUACUUUUGAUCAGCUGCGAAAAGCUGGGAAAAUGGACUUUUUUCAGAUGAGAAUUAAUUGCAGGCCUAGGACAAACCUACUUAAUGGUUUGGUCAUAUAAAUGUACGUGCUUCUCCGCGGAAACACUGUUUUAUGUACAUGGUGCGAUUUCUGCUUGACAGCAGACAUUUCUAUUGUAUUUAUGCUUAUCGUCCUUAUAUCGUACUGUUUCUUCAUGUAAGUAGCUUCCCCUCCCCGUCAGCAGAGAGUGAGAGCAUUCCUGUAAAAAAAGAGUAAUUUAAUAAUUAUCAUCUCCUUCACAUGAAACAAUAAAUCCCUUUCAGUCAAGAAAUGUGCAAUGUAUGACAAGCUGUUAUAUAUUAUUGCGGGUCAACAGUAAAAGUAUGUACGUGUAAUUGUGCGUGUGUAAAGAUAGAGAAGGACUGGGCUUGUCUGGUGGUGUUCAAUGACUGCGAACAGCUUUUCCACGCAGAGGACAGGUAGCGUGCACUCUUGUCCUAUUUCAUAAUAGCCAGAAGAUACAUACAGUUUGAAUAUUAAAUCGUGCAAAUUACUUAUGUUACACGUGUGACCAGUGCACGCCCCAGUCAUUUCUAAAAUUCGAAAUUUCGGCAUACCUUGAUUUUCCCCAUAAUCUUUACGCUGCUCGGAAAACUUUGGUAAGCUCUAACCGUUAACGGAAGUCUGAAUUUUAAACAGUAAUAUACUGAAUAUUUUGCUGUGCUGUACGUAACUUGAGAAAGGCUUGCACAAGCUUACAGAUUUUUUCUCCUCAUUUAUAUCAAGCACAUGUAUAUUUGAACACUACAGCGGCAUUUCCUAAGAAUCUACUUGCGGCAUUACUAACCUUUGUCACGAGUUUAUACACUUCUGUACAAGCCCUAAUGAACUGGCUGGACAAGAGGGUCAGGAAAGCCUGACUGCCCACUGAAACUGUUUCGCUAGCUCAAUCCGUAUGGCGCGUGCUUUGUGUUGGCUUGAAGUGCAAAUAAAGAUUAGCUUCUUCCAAGUAGAGAUAGCGUGUUUUCAACUUGCCCUACAUACAACUUCUAGAACGCAGUUUGAUGCAUCUUUAAAAAAUAAAAUGGGAACAAGCAGUAGCCAAACCCACAAGUUCAAGCCAACAGAUUGAUGCGGAACCUUUUCAUAACUGAUGCGUAUAUUUAUUUUGUCAUCAACGUCACUGCAGACGCUGCGUGUUUUGUACCGCAAGCACUCAAUUUGCAUUCCUUGCGGUAAACUGAUCACAGGAACAUAAAUGCGCUGCCAUGAUAGUGGCUCAUUCUAUUCCUUUCCAUUCAUAGGGAAAGAUAGCGUGAUAUGUACUUUGUUUAUGUUUCUCUUCAUGGGUGUAUGUGAACAGUACAGUUGUGUAAUUUUCUCUGCCAGAUGUCAUCAUCCAAACUUGCAGUGGCAUGUCCUGUUGUCUUUUACACUGCGGUAACGUCUGUUGUUUCACUCUGUACAUAUUACAUGAGUUUGUUGUGAACCUAAAGAUUGUUUUCCGCUAAAAGGAAACGAAACACAAAAUUAAGCGUUUUGAUGCUCCUAUAUCACUUGAUGGAAUUUCACAGUAAAGGAAAUUGGAAGCUGUUGUA